AUGAAUCAGCGCCGCCACUCCAAUCAACAUGUGCAAGGUAAAGGCCACGGCAGCCACAAUGGUGAUCAGCACACAGGCGUAUACAGAAAGGCGCCACCUCUUCCACCGCCGCCGUCGCGUACUCUGUCGCCGAUGCCGAGCGUCGCGGCAGCCAUGAGUGGUGGCUUCUCGCCUCGUGUGCGAAUCCUUCCCGACCACCACCGCGGACUUGGUAGCGAUGUGUCAGUACACCUCAGCAUGUCUCCUCCCGACUCCGGACACAUGUCACCUGAGCAGGAAGAUCCACAAGGUUUUCCUGUGCUUUACCCGUCAUUGUCCGUAUACUCGUCCCGGGCCCGCACCGAGUCCGUCAUGGGCGACGAUGAUCGCGGUAUCAGCGGCGGUAGGUCGACCGGCUUCUCAAAGUUUGGAAGCUUCUCAUCAUCUACUAACAUCGCAAACUCACCGCGCCUCUCAAUGGACGACUUCGCGUCUCGCCUGUCGCCGUCGAUAGCUCCAAGCACAGCUCGAAACACCCCCGUCGACCUCAUUCAGAAGUCGCCACAGCAACACUUGUCACACAAUUAUCCCCAGAGUCACAGCUCCGCCUCUACAUCGGUCCACAACGUCCCGGCGUAUGGGCACGAGCCACCGACGUCGGGGGCGGACGUGCUGCCUGUCAUGCUAGCGUCACACGCAAGCCUGCGGUGCAGUGGCGCAAUCGAAACGUGUGUCUGUGGAAGCGGCCUCAACAGCGCUAACGGGCAGAGCCCGACGGCUCCAGCCAGUGCGACUGCGCUGCGCGACGCCACGUUCACCUCCGCAACCUCAUCGGUCGCUUCUCUCAUGGCAACAGCAACGUGCGUUGUGAGCCACCCGAUUGCGCAGUCUUCCUCUGGAAAUCUUACCGCACCCAUGAGCUGCAGUCCUACAUAUCCGUCAUGGUCGCCAGGUGUCUCGUUGGGUCACUCAACGCCAUGCCUGCAAGACGACUUCGUGAUGCGAGCGGAUGCAGAGAUAGUGCAGGGGCUGCCGCGGGGCAAAGUACCGCGCCUGCCAGGCUGCUCCAUACGCGACUGGGCAGCGCAUUUGAGGGUCAAAGAAGAAGAAUUGCUCCGGCAGGAGCAGCACCACCACCACGACACCCUUCAUUGUGGCAAGAAUAGAGACGCAUCCCUCUUGGGUGGUGCGGCUCCACCUGCAAAGCCAGGCUCAAUGGCGAUCUCACGCAACGCGCGGCUGCCGCGGAUAGCGCCGCAGGAAGUCGCCACCCACAACACGCCGGAUGACUUGUGGAUAGUCAUCCGAAACGUCGUGUACGACUGCACCGCCUUUCAACGCUACCACCCAGGCGGAGAGAAGUUGCUGCUGGCUUGUGGGGGGCGUGAUGCCACAGCCGUGUACGACCGCUUCCACGCGUGGGUUUCAUGCGAGAGCUUCAUGGCCCCGUACGCGGUUGGUGUUAUUGCCUCUUCUGAACCCCGAUGA